GUGUGUGUGUGUGUGUGUGUGUGUGUGUGUGUGUGUGUGUGUGUGUAAGGAGACAGCACACUGACUUCUCUCAGUCUCACAGUCACACAUGAUGGGGAAACUGUGGAUUUGUCUCCUGAUGGAAUUACUUUCAUGUUGGACACAAUAAAUGGAUAUUACCAUGAGAGGAGAUCACAGUGCAUUUACAGCUCCAGAGAUUUAAGUGAUAUGGUUCUCAUUGAUGAUUACAUUUUCAACAAGAUUAAGUGGAUAUGGUUUAACAGUACAGUGGGGAAGUUUCAGGGCUACAAUGAGCAUGGCAUUUAUAAUGCAAAGUUAUGGAACAAUGACACAGCAUACUUGGCAGGAGAGCGAGCUGCUGUGGAAAACUUCUGUAAACACAAUGCACAGAUCUACGACACAGCUAUAAUUGAUAAAUCCGUUGCGCCUGAAGUUAUGGUGACAUCAGUGAAGAAGUCAGAUGGAUCACAUCCUGCUGUGUUGAUGUGCAGCGCUUACAACUUCUACCCAAAGAUCAUUAAAGUCACCUGGAUGAGGAACGGUAAGGAGGUUAAAGGAGGUCAGACGUCCACUGAGGAGAUGGCUGAUGGAGACUGGUACUAUCAGAUCCACUCUCACCUGGAGUACAAACCUGAAUCUGGAGAGGAGAUCUCCUGUGUGGUGGAACACGCCAGCUUCAAGAAACCCAUGAUCUAUAAGUGGGACCCGUCCAUGCCUGAAUCUGAUAAGAGUAAGAUCGCUAUCGGAGCUUCAGGGUUGGUGUUGGGGAUCAUAAUCUCAGCAGCUGGAUUCAUCUACUACAAGAAGAAACACUCAGGACGGAUCCUGGUGCCGACAUAAAUGCAGGUCUUUGAGGAGAGAAACACUGGAGUGUUUGCUGAAGCGGCUUCAACUGUUAAACACCUGAUUCAUUCAGAAACAUGUGUAAUUACUGAAAAAUGACUUUCACAUCUGCAUCUGUAUAAACUUUCCCUUCAUUUAAGAGCAGCUUUAAGUGAGACUUCCAUCAAACUGAUGUUUAAUAAGUUGAUUUUAGGCUUAAUAAGAACUCUUGGGUAGAAAUUAUUAUUAGUUUAUUUACAGCUUAUUAAAAAACCAUUCAUGCACAUGAAAAGGUAAAUAAGGCAUAAUUUCAUUAUUAAAUUGUUAGCGCCCCCUACAGUCUGCUGCAACCUGUAUCACAAUUUUUAUUGAAGCUGUUUAUUAUUAUUUCAUUAUUACAGUAAUCUUUAAAUUCUGCUUUUGUAUCAUCAGAGGAUUUAAUUUCAUUUUAUUGUCAGAUCUGGAGUUAUUAUUGAUUCUGUCUGUACAUUGAUGCAAUAAACUUUCGGUUGUAAAAGAAAA